CAUUAAUGUCUGCCAAGCAGACCCGGACAGACAUAAGUAAGCGACCGUCACCACGGAUACGCACUCACACUCGCUCGGUCACGCAAUGUGACGAGUGAGGUAGGUAGUAGACGGCGGUAUACAUAGAGUUUCUGGUGGCAGAGGGGUCAGUGUAAAACUGCCUUCUGCCCGUAGCGUGUCGAAUCGUAGUCGGUCGAGUCAACUGUCGCACAGAUCGACCCAGGCCCUUCUUCGAUCCAGAAGAGCCCUACAGAGAAAGCGCGACAGCUCCUAUCUGAGAAUUUCCUUAUCGCGAGGGGUUACCGGACACCAAAACCCUCCAAUUCCUCCGCUCUUUCUGUACAGGAAAAUUCGAUUGAUAAGCGGCCACAUGGUGAAGCAGAGGAGGUUUAUCGGGAAUACCGACAACAAAAUGAUCAAUAUACGAGAACGUUUGCGGAUGUCUUAAGAGGAUAAUUUAAUUCGCACGCCGUCCGAUUGUAUGAAACGUUGUUCCUCGUGAGUCGAGGCACGCAGGGUUGUAAGAAGAGUAAAGAUUUUAGACGCUGCUGUUUAUUUUACGGAGGAGGAGAAGCGUAAGCCAAAGUAUAAUCGGGAGUAUUAUCCGCGGUAUUCAUUACGCUCGUGACUCUCGCGGUAUUGAUACGAAGGGAAUUAAACAGAUUUGCAUACCGCAAUUGAGGGAACGCGUGAUUGAGCUCCGCGGUGAAAAACGGACGAUGCUUUAAUCAGCGAAGCCCAACCGAAUUUCCGAGCCUCAUGCGCCACGCCGGGCGGAGUUUCGUCAUAAUGAGUCGUUAAUUAAGAAUGCACAAUGACGCAGCGAAUUUAUCCGUUGUCCACGAGCCCCCGCGAGGGGUCACCGGAUAUCCAAAUGGAGACACUCAGAGCAAAUCACUCCCCCCGCCAGGAAAAGAUCCUCUCGAGAUACACGCUACGAGACAAGGAGAGGGAUAAACAUGAAGCCGAAUACAUGCUACGGAAAAACGGCAAAGCAAUGGAGUUUAUAUCAUCGCAAACGAAGGAGGAAGAGGAGGACACGUCAGCCUCGGAGCAGCCGACGUUGCAACCCGUGCCCUACCACAAACUGUUUCGAUUUGCGACGUGGGGCGAGUUGACGCUGAUCUUCCUAGGCCUGAUGCUGGGCUGCCUCGUAGGCAUGUGCAUUCCAGUGGCGAUCAUCGAAUACGGUGAAUUCAGCACCAUGCUGUUGGAUCGUAACAGAAACGACACGACCACACCGACCUUCAUAUUGCCGUGGUUCGGGGGUGGCAAGAUUUUAUACGCUAAUGCAACGCGCGAAGAGAGGAUGGACGCUCUUUACGACGAUGCGGUGGCUUUUGGCGCCGCUUGCGCGUCGUUAUCGGCGCUUAUGUUCGUCCUCAGCAUGCUUAUGGUCGACACGCUCAAUAUCGCCGCGAGUAGACAAAUCUCCAGGGUGCGCAAGAUGUUCCUGAGAGCGGUUCUCAGGCAGGACAUGUCGUGGUACGACACGAACACGUCGACCAACUUCGCCAGCAGAAUCAACGAGGAUUUAGAAAAGAUGAAAGAGGGCAUGGGGGAGAAGCUGAGCAUUAUCACGUAUCUGGUAACGUCGUUCUUCGCCUCGGUCAUCAUCUCGUUCGUGUACGGCUGGAAGCUGACCCUGGUCAUGCUAAGCUGCGCGCCGAUCAUAAUAAUCACCACGGCCAUUGUCGCCAAGGUGCAAAGUUCUCUCUCGGCUAAGGAGCUGGCGGCCUACGGUCAGGCCGGUAGCGUCGCCGAGGAAGUUCUCGCCGCCAUCAGGACCGUGGUCGCGUUCAACGGCGAGCAGAAGGAGGUGGAGAGGUACUCGGAGAAGCUCGUGCCCGCGGAAAGGACUGGCACCAAGAGAGGCAUGUGGUCCGGAAUCGGCGGCGGCGUCAUGUGGCUCAUCAUAUAUCUCAGCUACGCGCUAGCGUUCUGGUACGGCGUGCAAUUAAUCCUGGAUGACCGGGUGAAGGAGGUGAGGGAGUACACGCCGGCGGUAUUAGUGAUCGUGUUCUUCGGCGUUUUAUCCGGCGCGCAAAACAUGGGCCUGACCUCACCGCAUCUCGAGGCGUUCGCGAUGGCUCGGGGCUCGGCGGCCGCGGUUUUCAACGUUAUCGAUCGCGUGCCGUUGAUCGACAGCCUCAGCAAGGAGGGCCUGCGGCUGGACGCCGUCAACGGCGAGCUCGAAUUCAGGAACGUCGCGUUCCGCUAUCCGGCGCGGAAGGACGUCCAGGUGCUCGAGGCGCUGAAUCUGAAGAUCAAUCGCGGCGAGACGGUCGCGCUCGUCGGCGAAUCCGGAUGCGGCAAGUCCACGUGUCUGCAGCUCGUUCAACGGCUCUACGACCCCCUCGACGGACAGGUCCUGCUGGACGGGGUCGACGUGUCGACGUUGAACGUUCAAUGGCUGCGCUCGCACAUCGGCUUGGUCGGUCAGGAGCCGGUACUCUUUGACACGACGAUACGCGAGAACAUCCGUUACGGAAAUGACAGCAUUACCGAGGAGGAGAUGAUCAAAGCCGCGAAGGAAGCGAACGCUCAUGACUUCAUCAGCAAACUGCCGGAGGGAUACGAUAGUCCAGUGGGCGAGAGAGGCUCUCAGAUGUCGGGCGGACAAAAGCAGAGAAUCGCCAUCGCACGCGCGCUGGCGAGAAAUCCGGCGAUUCUUCUGCUGGACGAGGCGACGUCUGCGCUGGACGUUCACAGCGAGGCGACCGUGCAGAGAGCCCUUGACGCGGCAGCGAAGGGAAGAACGACGAUUAUAGUCAGCCAUAGACUCUCGACUAUCACCAACGUCGACAGGAUCGUGUUUAUUAAGGAUGGACUCGUCGUCGAGCAAGGGACCCACGAGGAAUUAAUGGCGCUCAAAAAUCAUUAUUACGGGCUGCAUUCCGCAAACGCGGAAGCCUUGGCUAAAGACAAGGUCACGAGGGCCGCUGCCAAGAGCAUGGUGUCCCCGAAGGUGAAGAUAAACCCGCCGUUGAACAAACAAUUCUCCACGUUAUCCGCACACUCCCAUCGACUCUCCCUCGCGAGAUCCGAGUCCUCGGUAGAGGAGGAACUGGACGAGUACGACAAACCUUACGACGCGCCUAUGAUGAGGAUAUUCGGAUUGAACAAGCCGGAAUGGCCGUUGAAUUUGAUCGGGUGUAUCGCGGCGGCGAUAGUAGGCGCUUCCUUCCCAGCCUUCGCUAUACUAUUCGGCGACAUCUACUACAUACUGAAUCUUCCCGACAACGAGCAAGUCAUGAGGGAGACCAUUCACCUCUCGAUACUCUUCAUCGUCGUCGGCUUGAUCACAGGCACCGGCACCUUCCUACAGAUGCACAUGUUCGGCCUGUCCGGCGUGCGUAUGACGACGCGACUAAGGAAGAUGGCGUUCAACGCGAUGCUGAAGCAAGAGAUGGGCUGGUACGACGAGGACAAGAACAGCGUGGGUGCGCUCUGCGCGAGGCUCUCGUCGGACGCCGCGGCCGUCCAGGGCGCGACCGGGACUCGCGUCGGCUCGAUGCUGCAGGCCUUCUCGACCCUCGUGAUCGGGAUCGGUAUAUCCAUGUACUACACCUGGAAGAUGACGCUGGUCUCGGUGGUGUCGAUCCCGCUGGUGCUCGGCGCGGUGUUCUUCGAGGCGCGAGUCAUGGGCGGCCAGGGUAUGCAGGAAAAGAAGAAGAUGGAGUCAGCCACCCGGGUGGCCGUCGAGGCGAUAACCCACAUACGUACGGUCGCCAGUCUCAACAAGGAGGACGUCUUCUUCAAGAGGUACUGCGUGGAACUGGACCUCGUCGCCCGCGCGAUCAGAAUCAGGAGCAGGCUGAGAGGAAUAGUGUACUCGUGUGGUCAGACCGUGCCAAUGUUCGGUUACGCCAUCAGUCUCUAUUACGGCGGUUACCUGGUGGCCAGGGAGGGACUGAGUUACGAGAAAGUCAUCAAGGUGUCGGAAGCGUUGAUCUUCGGCUCGUGGAUGCUCGGGCAGGCGCUGGCCUUUGCGCCGAAUUUCAACACGGCCAAGAUCUCGGCCGGCAAAAUCUUCAAGCUGUUCGACAGAGUUCCAGAAAUCGCUUCGCCACCGGGAUCAGAGGGAAAGGACCUAGACUGGAAGGCAGACGGCUUGAUACAAUACUCGAAGCUCGACUUCCAUUAUCCGACGCGGCCGGAGAUGCCGGUGCUCAAAGGGCUGAACCUAAUCGUGAAGCCGGGCCAGAUGGUGGCUCUCGUGGGUCAGAGCGGCUGCGGGAAAUCCACCUGUAUUCAGCUGCUGCAGCGGCUCUACGAUCCGAUCUCCGGCACCGUGACACUGGAUCGACGUGACAUCGCCUCGGUCUCGCUGGCCACGCUCAGGUCGCAGCUCGGCGUCGUGGGGCAGGAGCCGGUGCUCUUCGACAAAACGAUCGCGGAGAACAUCGCUUACGGCGACAACAGCCGAGAGGCGGCCAUGGACGAGAUCAUCGAGGCCGCCAAAAUGUCGAACAUCCAUACAUUCGUCACUUCGCUACCACUGGGUUACGACACAAGGUUGGGAUCAAAGGGCACUCAGCUGAGCGGUGGGCAGAAGCAGCGAAUAGCGAUCGCACGUGCGCUAUUGAGAAAUCCUCGAGUCUUGCUGUUGGACGAGGCCACUUCGGCCCUCGAUACUCAAAGCGAGAAGGUCGUACAGGCGGCCCUGGACAAGGCCAUGCAGGGUAGAACGUGUAUCACCAUAGCCCACCGUCUGGCUACUGUAAGGAACGCCGACGUGAUCUGCGUGCUUGAUAAGGGCAACGUAGCCGAAAUGGGCACCCACGACGACCUGAUGGCGGCCGAUGGUCUCUACGCUCACUUACACACUCUCCAGGAGUCCUCUAUAGAAUAGUAGUGGAGGAGCGGGACCAGAGGCGUCGGAUUCCUUCGCUCUUUCCUCUCUCGCUCGCGCGAUACCGGCCGUCGCGGUGCAUCGAGCGUCUUGAAGGCGCAUGGACCGAGUCGGGGACGGUCGAGAGCGCUUGGAAAGCGGAGGAGAAUCAAACCGCGCGAAGACCACAGAGCGGAAACUCGAGUGGCCGCCACCGCCACCGCCGAGAGGCUCGUCGACCACGAGAUGUCGAGGAACACAAGCGACGGCCCGGCUUCCAAAGGAACGCUAAUACAGAAGACGGAUCUUGUAGCUUUACGGAGGUUUCAGCGGCUUAUUUUCGCCAAUUCCCCAGCAAGCGCGACAUCAGGGAGCAUCGUUCGCAAUUGAGAUCACUAAUCGAGAAUCGAGCGACUUAUUUUCGGCGUAAAUUCACUCGUAAAUUAAAAUCAGGGCUUCUAUUAAUAUCCGGAUUCUUGGAAUUUAACUGUCGGCCCGUGAGACACGCGAUCUGAAUGAUCCCGUCAAUGUUAUCGCCCUGCAUUCAUCUUUUCACGCGGGUCGACACGAGACAAUUACGGUAGCGUUACCGCGAAAUUCGUACAUCCUGAUAGCCGUUCAUUGAAUUCGUGCGCGCGCGAUCUUAGACAAAUAGUCCUCAUUGUCACCAACUAACGAAGGCUGAUGAAGCGAAUAACGAAUAUUCGCUUCCCUCUUUCCCUCCCAUUUCCCCCCCCCCCUGCAUCUCCACGACCAUUUUACUCGCGCUUGUCAUUUCCUCUCUGAUAGUUUUAUACAAAAUAUUUUCGCGGCUGAUAGACUUAAGUCCUCCGUCAAAGGCGUCCUUUUACCGGAGGCGUGCACGUUACUUCUCCUGGCGGCCACGUUACUUCAUUAGGCAUUGUACCUCGCACGUACACCCACGUAACAAUUUAUCCUUCUAGACAGCGAGACGCGGCAUUAUCCGUAAAGGCAGACGACGUAAUAGACUUUACCGUCCCCCUCCCCCGUCGCCGUUACUCCGGAGCGUUUUCUCAGGUGAUGAUGUUUUUUCGCGCGCGCAGAACACCACGUGGAAUUUCUGCGAUCUUUACGCGAGAGCCAUCUCUCUAAAAGUCAAUCGGUGGAUUAUCACUGAAGGCAGUAAAUAGAUAAAAAAAUAGUUUCGCUGCCGUAGCUAAUGAUAGUUUGCUGAAAAUAUUUUGCUGCCAUCACUGUAAUUCGUGCCGAGCGAACCGGUCUUCGCAAAUGGCUGUAUUCCUGUUAUUCUGUUGUCUAACCUGCAUUACGCUUUUCUAUCUCUCUUAAAUUUUCAACUUCAUCAGCGUUAUUCGCGAUCUUCGUCUAUCUACUCGA